GCGUCUGAGGCAUUCAGGUCAGGUGCCAAUGGUGAAGCGGCAGAGUCAGGGCAAAAUAUUGCUUUGUUGACGAGAACAAAAAUGUUUUAAACAGAAGGAGGUCUUUGUAGAGAUGUUCGCAAAUAAGAAGGCUUGGUUUUCGGACAGUGUGUCACCAACUUUUCGCGAAUUCUGGCUAUUGGAGUGUGGAAUACUUACAGGGUGGAGAACAGCAGACUAUCUUUUCAGUGAGGAUGCUACACACCCUGAUACACUCAGGAUUUUUAGGAGUGAGGCUUACCUGUGGGAGAAGGUUACUGUUUUUCACAGCUUUUUCCUGAACGCAUGUCAGAAGCGAAAGAGUAUAAAGUCGGUCAGCAUCGGUCACUAUGUGCUGCCUCCUGUCCCAGUGCAGGAUGCAGUGAGAAACGUGAUUGGGAGGUUUAUUUGGGAGUGUGAAGAGGACCAGCCAGGCACACGGGAAAGUUUUACCGACCGGGCAGAAGCAAUGUGUGGCAUUGACAGUUCCUUUCCUUCCAGCAGGACUGAACCAUUAAUUGCAUCAGCACUGUGUUGUGAGGAUCCUCUUAAUAACAUUCUCCCAGGAUUCAUCAGCAUGGACAACCAGCAAAAAUGUUCACGUGAGCUACAUUACUAUCCCCCCAGUGAUUUCCGUUGCACUCAGUGUAACGCACUGACAAGACACUAUUUGUAAUCUAUUAUUUAUAUUUAUUAUAAUGUACUAGUAAAUCAAUAUUAUUACUUUAGCCACUUUGAUUUAAUCAUUUAUUAUUACUAGUUAAGUAAUUAGUAGUAGUUAACUAAAGUAUUUUUGAAAGUAAUUGAUUCAUUAAUGAAAUUGUCUUUGUUUAUGAAGGUGUCAGCAGACUGUAUUUUGUUAUACAAAGUGGGUACAUAUUUAAUAUAUAAAAAUGUGACAAGGAUAACUCUACUUUUCUUGUUUUGUGUUUUUAAU